AUGAGCAGCAGCCCAGAGAGGAUCUCGUCCUACCGCCGUCACUUUGAGGACAGCAGCAGCUUGUCCCAUCAGGUCAGGGUGUCCAGCCCAUCCCCCACCAGGAGAGAGGCUCGUCAUGCCUCCGCCGGCUACUCCUGCAGAGCCCGAACUGGCAGCAUGCGUGUGGAGUCAGUGGGAAGAAGGACCGUCUCCGCUGCACGCAGGUCUCGCGUGGUUGGAGCAGGUGUGGGUGCCGGAGCUAUGGUUUGCGUUGGGCCUAGUGGAGAGCCUGCCAUAGACCUGGAUGCGGCUGCUGCUGAGAACCACGAAUUCCUCAACACCCGCACGAGUGAGAGACAGGAGAUGAUUGUCCUCAAUGACAGACUGGCCGUCUACAUUGACAAGGUUCGAUCACUUGAGCAGCAGAACAAGCUGCUUGAAUCAGAGAUAGAGGCCUACCAGAACCGCUUUGAGAAGCCAACAGGUCUGCGCCUCCUGUAUGAGGAACAGCUGAGGGAGCUAAAAAAGAUUGCUGACCAGAUGAGAGUGCAGCGGGACAUUUCCUUGGCUGCUAAGGAGUCCACAGCUGCUCAACUAGAGGCAAUCAAAAUCAAAUAUGAAGAGGCAGUGGAGCUGAGGAAGAAAGCUGAGUUAGACAUUGAAGCCUUCCGUCCAGAUGUUGACAAAGCCACCUCCUCACGCAUUGCCUUGGAGAAGAGGCUGGAGCAACUGGAGGUUGAAAUUGAAUUCCUAAAACGGGUUCAUCAACAGGAAAUAGAUGAGCUCAUGAAACAAAUCUAUGCAGCACACGUCGGGGCUCAGAGUGCGUUCACCCUGCCUGAUCUGGCAGCUGCUUUGAAACAAAUCCAAACCCAGUAUGACGACAUUGCAGCCAAAAAUCUCCAGGAGAUGGAUUCAUGGUAUAAAAACAAGUUUGAGGAUAUAACCAAGAAGACGUCAAGGCACGUAGAUAAGGUUCGAGGCAUUAGAGAAGAAAUAGCUGGAGCCAAAAAGGACAUCCAAAGCAAAGAACGUGACUUGGAUGCCUUGAGAACCAGAAAUGAAGCUCUUGAGGCCCAGAUCCGAGAGAUGCAAGAAAGGUACAGGAAGGAACUGGAAGAACUGCAGGCUCGGAUUGAGGCCCUGCAGCUUGAGCUGAAAUCCACUAAGGAGAAAAUUGCACUGCACCUGCGUGAGUACCAGGACCUCCUGAAUGUCAAGAUGGCUCUGGAGAUUGAGAUCACAACUUACAGAAAACUGAUUGAGGGAGAGGACCUGCGGCUGUCUGGCAUGAUGCAAACUCUCUCUCUUACCACCUCUUACAUGGGCACCGCUGGUGCUGGGAAAAGCUUUGGUGGAGGAGGCAUGGGCAGUGCAGGUGGAACAGGUGGUGGACUGAUAGGAGGUAGUGGUGCAGGCACUGGAGGCAAGGGCACUGGAGGAGAAAUGGGUGCAGGAGGUAUGGGUGCAAGUUCAGGCAGUGCUGCUGGAGGACUGGGUGGAAGAAUGAGUGCUGGAGGUACCGAUGACAGGAUGGGUCAUGCUGGUAGGGCAGGUGGGGCAGACAUGAUUGGUGGUCAUGGAUUGGGAGCUGGAGGUGUAGGUGGAAGGAUAGGUACUGGUCCUGGGGGUGUGGGUACUGGUGGAGGUAGUGGAGGAAUUGGUGCUGAAGGAAUGAGCGGUGUCGGCACUGGUGCUGGUGGACUGGGUGCUGGAGGAGUUGGUGCAGGCACUGGUGCUGGAGGCAAGGGUAACAGCAGCAUGGGCGGUGUCGGAAUGGGUACAGGUAGCGGCUCCACAGGUUUAGGUGGCAUCAGUGACGCUGACACAGGGCUCAGAGGAGGAAAUGGUGGGGUAGGUGAAGGGAAGGGUGAUGGACCUGGUAGAGGAAUAGGCGAGGAUGGAGGCAAAGACCGUGGAAUGGGUCUUGCUGGAAUGGGCGGUGGAAUCGGAGGAACUGAGGGUGUUGGUGGGGAUAAUGUAGGCGUUGCAUUGUCAGACACUGGUGGAAAAGGGAAGAUAGGUGGAGUGGAUGACACCAGUGGUGCCGAGAUGAAAUAUGGAUCAGAUGGAUAUGAUGGCAACAUCGAGGCCUACGCGGAGCAGGCUGUGGAGCUGACGGAGAGGAGGACGGUGCUCAUUAGAACAGUCAAAAACGAAGGUGACGUGGUGGAGAUGGACCACCAAGAACAAACCUACACCAUCACCGGUGCAGCCGAUGACUCUGAUGCUGACUGA